AUGCACACAGCCUUGGUGAUCUUAAACCCUUCUUUGGAUACCUCGGAAAGAAAAAAGAAGCGCAAGAAGUGCAAGAAGCGCCGCAAGGAGAGCUACUCCAUCUACGUCUACAAUGUGCUCAAGCAGGUGCACCCAGACACGGGCAUCUCGUCCAAGGCCAUGAGCAUCAUGAACUCCUUCGUCAACGACAUCUUCGAGCGCAUCGCGGCCGAGGCUUCCCGCCUGGUGCACUACAACAAGCGCUCCACCAUCACCUCCCGGAAGGUCCAGACCGCUGUGCGACUCCUGCUGCCCGGAGAGCUCGCCAAGCAUGCCAUCUCGGAGGGCACCAAGGCUGUCACCAAGUACACCAGCUCCAAGUGUGCUGGGCUCCCUUUUUUCGGUUGCCUGGGAAAAUUCUACAGAAACCCAAAGGCUCUUUUAAGAGCCACCCACUUUCUCAUUUGA